AUGAGCUUCCAAUAUUCCUCACCGAAGAAACGCACUUCACAGUCCCCUACACCACCACCCGUACAGUCGAGCCUCGAAGAUAGUUCUAGCUACGACAUCAUCCCUCCGCCGUAUGUUCCCAUGUCUUACUACUUACCUGUGGUGCCUGAUCCAGGCGCGGCUAGCCCCACUCCUCCGUGGGGUCAGCGGGAGCAGGGUGACCGCCGCUCUGGGAGGUCGGCCCGCAAGAUGCACGCGCGCGAUCGUCUCCCGUCUUUCUGGAAGCACCAGCGUCCUCCGCCGCCAACGGGCAUGAUGAUUCCAUCGCCGGCCUUUAUCUCCAGUUACGGCUUGCCCUAUCAGCACGGUGGCAUUGCAUUAGGUCGAGAUCUUGAUGUCGCCGCGUCGCGUCGUGUCACCGAGGCACUCGCAGAACUUGCGGCCCGCCCUAAUACUCGAAGGGAGGAGAACGCGAAGAAUGACGUCAGAGCGAGGAUAGGACUUUGUCGCAUGUGCUUCUUCUGCGCUACGAUUGUGAUGGCUAUGUUCGUUGGAGCGCUGUUCUCGUACUAUGUCGUCACCACUCAGUUUAUCGACAGGAGUGUUGGUUUCAACAACAACUCGUUUGUAAUUCGUCUCAGAGAUGUGGCUGGCUUUAACAGAACGACGCUGUCUGUAGGUCCUUGGGGAUUCGAGGUCUGGACGGGAUUGACGGACAGUGAAGACGUGUCGAAGAAGCAGUUUUACCUCAAGCCAAGACGAGAGGGCUCUACGGAAUAUUUGGGGACGAAUUCGCCGGACGUGCAUUGCCGUACUCCAUUUUGUCUGUACCAGACCGAACGCUUGAAGCACACUUUGAACUGGUCAAUCGCACCCUGCGAUGACUUUUAUGAUUUCGCUUGCACUUGGAAGACGGGCAACAUUUUAGCUCCAUCGCAAGACUCUCUUUACGUUGAAGAAAUUUACAACCAGCUGAAGGAUGGUUUAAUUCAGAAGGAGAUUGAAGAAGGCACCAACCGUUCUGCGAUUGCUCAUGCUAAAGAACUUCUCAACUCAUGCAUGAGAAAUGUCUCUGCAAAUCAAGACAGCGAACGGAAAGAACUGAUGGCUCUGAUGGACCAGGUCGGGUUGGAGAACUGGCCUUACAGGAACGAUACCACCAGUCGUGCAGAUCUCUGGCGGACGAACGCCUUGCUGUACAGACACUUGGGUUUCCAGGCCUUGCUAUCGGUACGGGUAGAGAAAGAUCCUGAGAAUGAGACGAAUUACGUGAUUGCAUUGGACGAACCUGACAUCUUCUUCGGCCUGUUCGCGACGAAGACCUCGCGUCUGCCGAGCUGGUACGGCGACCUCGUUCGAGCUACGAUGAAGUUACUCGUACCGUACACGUAUCCGUCUUACGUACACUACAUCCUUGAAUUGUCUAGUAGACUGGCAGAUAUUACCAGUGCAAGAGGAGAACGAAACUACGCAGGGGACGUGAAGAUGUCAAUGGUUCAGGCCUUCAACUCCUUCUCGCAGUUCCUAGGUUUGAUGUUCGACGAAAUAACGCCCGUCACAGAAAGAACACGUGUGCUAGUCAAGAGCGUGCGUUAUUUGAAGGCGUUAAAGACCUUGUUGCAUGCUACUCCAAAUUAUCACGUUCUGAACUAUCUGGGUUUCAGGGCCAUCCUACAUGUGUCCCCAAUGCUUCAUGCGGAAGCAUUCGCAGACCUCGCUGCCGUGCGGUUGCAGCAACUAACAGGUACAAAAGAACGACGCUGGCCGCGUUGGAAGACCUGUCUUCGAGUCAUCGAUCCGGUGCUUCCGACAGUGUACCUUCAGUACUACUACCAGGUGUUACAGAGAAAAAUGGACACGUAUAAGAUAGCCGUUCUCUUGAAUGAUCUCAAGACUACCGUAGCUGGUGAAAUAAGCGACGCUGCAUGGUUAUCUGCAGAGGCCAAGAUUCAAGCCAAUGACAUACUGUCAAAUUUGAAGAUUGAAACAAUAUUUCCUUCUUGGUUUAACAUUCGGGAAGAGACAAAUGAGAACGUCUUUCCCAGCCUCACCAACCGAUCGCUCUUGGAAGCAUUCCGGGACCACACUCACAAACUGGCUGAAGGAAGCCUCCGCAGGAUUGCAGGACAUGAUCCGGGACGGCUCCUGGACUGGAAGGGCAGCAUCUUCGACACGUACCCUACUUUCGACUACGAAAGCAGAACUGUCUUCGUGCCGGCUGGAAUAUUUAACUUCAGCCACAGCAAUUCUGACGCGGCGCUCCUGAUUCAAAUUCCCAGGAUCGCUACCAGGUUAAUGGCAGCCAUGAUAGCUAGUCUCCACCGGAACUUCUACCCGCAUCCUGGGGAGCUGUGGCAUUUGAACACGACCGAGACCGUUAAGGAAAAGCAGGCGUGUCUUCAAGCCCAGUACCGUUACGUAGCCGAUCCGUCAAAUGACGAAAUGAAAGUUCGGUCGGUGACGAUAACACCGUACGAUUUCCUGGACAACGUUGCGCUGCAAAUCUCUUUGAAGAAAUUAUUGAAAUACGUCAAAGAGAGUGGCGUCGAUGUCCAGAAGGAGGUCGUUAGUCUCCCUGUGGAUGCUGAACAGCUGUUCCACGUUCUCUAUGCAAUUGAUAGAUGCGGAGGAACUGUCGAACAAUUGAGGAGGGAGUUGCCGGAAGAUGGGUUCACGCAAGCCAAGCUGAAGGUGAACAUUCCUCUUCGGAAUACUCAGUCCUUCGCACUUGCUUGGCAUUGUGGAAGAAGUGAUGCCAUGAACCCAGUUGAUAAAUGUAAACUCUGGAUAUAA